UCGUGUUCGCUAUACCUGCAACUGCUUAGUUAACCGCUCUCAACUCGUUCGUAGCAACCGAAAGGAAUCACAGGUCCUACAAGGCCUCUAACACAGCCAUGCCCAAGAAUAAAGGUAAAGGAGGUAAAAACAGACAUAGGGGUAAGAAUGAGAAUGAAUCUGAAAAAAGAGAAUUGGUAUUUAAAGAGGAUGGGCAAGAGUAUGCUCAGGUAAUAAAAAUGUUGGCAAAUGGACGAUUAGAAGCAAUGUGCUUUGAUGGUGUAAAGAGGUUAUGCCACAUCAGAGGAAAACUGAGAAAGAAGGUUUGGAUAAAUACCUCAGACAUUAUAUUGGUUGGUCUACAAGACUAUCAGGAUAACAAAGCCGACGUCAUUUUAAAGUACAAUGCAGAUGAAGCAAGAAGUCUGAAGGCAUAUAGAGAGCUUCCGGAACAUGCUAAAAUUAAUGAAACAGAUACAUUUGGUCCUGGAGAUGAUGAUGAAAUCCAAUCUGAUGAUAUUGGAGAUGAUGAUGAAGACAUUGAUGAGAUUUGAAGUGAACUCAAUGUUCUACAUUCCAACUUUUCUGAGGAUGGUUCUACGGCUGGGAUUUUGGCUGUCACCUGUUAAGAAGACUGAAAUUUUUUGGCACAUAGUAUUUUAGAGUAUAGUUUUUGAAAACUAUUUCCAUUCUUUUAAAGUACUUACUGUAUUUCUUUAAAAGCUGAGGAUGUUGAAUUAUCUUAAGUGAAAUGUUAAUAUCUUCUGUUUUGAUGGAUUGGAAUUUAAGGUUAAAA